GAAAAGCCUUGCAGUUGAGCCCCAUUCCGACCGGGACCUGCGAGAGCGGAGGCGAGGCCGCCUCCCUUCUGCCGCUGCGGAAGCGACGCAAACAAGCGCGAUGGCGGCGGCGGGCGGCGUGCUCGUCAUCCAGAGCGACUGGCACGACACUUUAAGGGAUAAUGACAGUUCUGCAUGGAUAUUCCACAAACGUCUUGGAGAGAAGGGAGACUAUGGGAAGAUCGGGGGAUCUGCAUCUGACGGCAUUUUCCAGGUUCACUCCCGCACUGAACGGACAAUUGCUGUGUCACACCACCCGUCAGGAAUGUCCACCAUAUUCAUUGCACCAGUUGCAACAUUUAGCAACAUCCAUGCAAAAAGUGUGAUUGGACUGGAUGUAGCAAAUGGUGGUCUUGGUGUCUCUGUUUGCUCAGAAAACAAACUACAUGUCUGGGAAACAGAGAGUGGGGAAGUGAGAAGAUUGCUUGAAGGUCAUUUUUUUGAUGUGUAUACCUGUCGCCUCUUCCCCUCGGGCAUUGUGGUGCUGUCGGGGGGUGGGGACAUGCAACUCAGAAUAUGGGAUGCGGCCACUGGGCAGUGUCCUGUUGUUCUAAAGGGCCACACAGGAGCUGUUCUCGACACAGCUUUCAUUGAUCGUGGGAAGAAUGUCAUUUCUGUCAGCAAGGAUGGAACAGCAAGACUUUGGAACUGUGGCCAGAGUAAAUGCAUAGCAACACUCCUGACAGCAGAAUCAACAAUAACAUCUUGUGCAAUAACAGAUGUCACAGGUUUAAUUAAUCUUCCUGCACCUGCAGAAAUACCAGAUGAAUUAGAGCAUGGCACUGCAGGAAAGCUGCUGUUGCUUGGCUGUGAAGAAGGGAUGGUCCACUUGGUAGGUGUGGAGAGUCGGACUGUCCUGGGAUCAUUUACUCAAGGGGUCCCUGUGCUGUCUGUCUGCUGGGCAACACCUACUGUUGGGGUAGCUGGACUCAGCGAUGGGCGUCUGGUUAUUGUGGAUGCUGAGGCACUUGUAACACGUCCUCUGUCCCAUGACAGUGCCUCACCUGUCGAGACUGUAACAGCCUUAAAGGGAGGAGUGUUGGCAGGAAGGCGUGAUGGUCUGUGCCAGUUUUACAACCUGAAUGGCUUGAGCUCCUUCCAGUUAACUGGUUCAGAUUGUGACCCAAUAUACAAGAUAGUGCAGGAUACCAACUACAUCUACACAGCUUGUCGAGAUGGAUUAAUCCGAAAAUACAGAUGCAGUGACAUUAAUGUCUGAGUGGGGCUUGAUAUUUGUUCAUUAGAAGAUUCAAUCAGUUAGGUCUCAUUCUUUAUUUUUUGUUUCUCUCUCGCAGCUAGAAUCAGUGUGCAUGUGAUAAGAUACUAGAGUUUCCUCUCAUUUCUUUUUGUAAGAUAAUUCUUUGAGUUUUGAAUAAUAUGAGCUACUAGUAAAAAGUCUGAGUGAUAAGGUCUUUCCAGCUUUUUACCUUUUGGAGACAGGAGAUGCAGUAUUAACAAGAUACUUUUACCAUAUAUAGUUCAACUUCUGCUGAUAGAAUUCCGAAAAUACAAAACAGGGACAUAUAACACUAAGCCCAAUUAAUUAGAAAAUAAAAGUAAAUACAAGGUCUGAUAACUAGCAGAAAUACUGGUUGAUCUCAAGCAUUCUCGUUUUCAGUAUUUUCUUUAAUAUCAAGUACAAAUAAAAAUUUUUGCAUCAGCAUGUUUGAAAAUGAAAACAGUAACAUGCAUUGGUUUUCCAUUUAAAUUCACCUUUUCUUUAUUUUUUUUUUCUAAUUCCUUGAUAAUGUAAUGGGUAUUUGGUUUCUUUUUGAAGCACUGUACUAAGCAAAAGUUAUUGGUGUGAUACAAAGAGGUCUCUUAAGAGUUUAUAUGAGAGGAACUGGUUAUUGAAAGUUGAAAGAUUUCACUAUUGAUAAGGAAUACUGUAAACUGUUUGUUGUAAAAACAAAAAAAAACAAUAUGAUUGCUAGAUAAUGAUUUGAAUGCAAAGUUUCUUUUGUACACCUAUAAUUUAAAUGGAAGUUAAAUAUAAAUCUGAAAUAAAUAUUUUGAGGUGUAAACUCAUUAAAUAUGAAAUAACUUGUUGCAAAGGAACACCUGUAAUGAGUUUUUCCUAGUUUAGAUUUUGCACAGAAAGUGCUUUGCAGGACUGUCAUGUAUUUAGCAGAAAACAGUUUGAAGAUAUUACAUUAAUAUAUGCAAACACAAAUAUGCAGAAAUGGCAAUGAGGAAUAAAUAUUAUGAUGAAGUA